AGCCGCAGCGGCAGCGGCGGCGGCGGCGGCGGCGGCGACGCGAGCGGCAGUGGCCCGGGCCCCGCGGUAGCCGCCAGCGCGGCACGGCCCGGCAGGCGCGCACGGCGCGAGAUCGCGGCCACCUCGCUACCUCGCGGGCGCUGCGGGCUGCUCUGCGCGCCCCGGCGCGGCUCGCGGACUCGGGGCCAGCCCGGCUGCGGCCGCGCACAAAGGACCGCGGACACUGGGAAUCGGGGGUCUGCGCUCAGGGACCCGCCGGGGAACGGCCAACUGCGCCGCGUCUCCUCCACGCUUCCCCUCCCCGGGCAGCCAGAGCCCGAGCCGGAGCCGUCCCCGUCAUAUGACAGCGGCGACACAGCAGCCAGCGAGCACCUGUCCUGCCGGCUCCGCUGCGCCACGGCCGGCUGUGCCUGGGGUGGCCCGCGCCGCGCCCCACUGAGUGGUCGCCUGUCGCCGGCCCGCGCCCCCCGCGUUCCAGCUCGCGGGUUCCAGGGGCAGGAGCCCAGGGGAGACCCCCGCCGGCACCGAGCCUAAAAUGGCCACGCUGCUUCGUAAAAUCGGGCUCAUUCGCCUGCACAACCGGGACACCGAGGACCCCAAGCACCAUCACAACCACCGCGGCGGCGGUGGCGGCCAGCAGAGCGCGUCGCUUCGCGGCAAAGGCGGCGCCAAGAGCGGCGGCCACAAGCAGCAGCAGCAGCAGCAGCAGCAGCAGCAGCAGCACCCCGGGGGCGCGGGCGAGGCGAGCCCCGGGCCCGGCAAGGGCAAGGGCAAGCGCGCGGCGGAGCUGGCCUCGCGCGACAAGCUGCCGCAGCCGGGCGGGGCGGCGGGGGCGGCGGGCGCCGGGGGCCCCCGGGAGCGGGCAGCGGGCGCCAGGGCGGGGCCGGCCCCGCGGGCGGCGGCGGCGGUGGCGGCGGGCGGCAGCCUGGUGCCCGCGGCGCGCCAGCAGCACUGCACGCAGGUGCGCAGCCGGCGGCUCAUGAAGGAGCUGCAGGACAUCGCGCGCCUCAGUGACCGCUUCAUCUCCGUGGAGCUGGUGGACGAGAGCCUCUUCGACUGGAACGUGAAGCUGCACCAGGUGGACAAGGACUCGGUGCUGUGGCAGGACAUGAAGGAGACCAACACCGAGUUCAUCCUGCUCAACCUCACCUUCCCCGACAACUUCCCCUUCUCGCCGCCCUUCAUGCGGGUGCUCAGCCCGCGCCUGGAGAACGGCUAUGUGCUGGACGGCGGCGCCAUCUGCAUGGAGCUGCUCACGCCGCGCGGCUGGUCCAGCGCCUACACCGUGGAGGCCGUCAUGCGCCAGUUCGCCGCCAGCCUGGUCAAGGGCCAGGGACGGAUCUGCAGAAAAGCUGGCAAGUCAAAAAAGUCAUUCAGCCGCAAGGAGGCUGAAGCUACCUUCAAGAGUUUGGUGAAGACGCAUGAAAAAUACGGCUGGGUCACCCCUCCCGUCUCCGAUGGCUGAUGUGUGCAAUGUGUGCUAGACGCUUGAGCCGCCCGUCCACACACACUCCAUCCCUGCCAUCUCCUCCCAGUGCUGCUCAUUCUCCCCCCUUUUCUACUCCAGCCAGAACUGCGUCCUAACCUGAAGGACACCCUUAAGUUAUUUAUGAACAGAGCGAAAGAGGGAGCAAACGCUCUUUGGGAUUAUGUUUCCAUUCUAAGUGAGUGAUCAUCUCUAAGUCACUUUAGAACGAAUGUCUGGAUGGUGACGUUUGCAGCCCACCCACCCCUUCCACCCCCCACCCCGCUGCAUUACCCCUAGCCUCUUGCCAUGACAGCAGCUCCAAUGAGCCGGCAGGAAACUCAACGCCCUGCUCGCUCCAUUUUCAUGUAAACGGCACCCUUCAUGUUCCAUAGGAGCACCGCUCUACACAUCAUGGGCGCUGCCGGCCCCUGUUUGCUGUGCUCUGUAUCUCUGUUUCUCUUCCUGGCAGGUCAACAUAACUUGAAGAUAUGUCUUUCUCUCUGUGGCCUGUGGUCUGCUGUGACGACAUUUAGACCUCAUUUGUGCUAUGACCUGUGGCUCAUGAAAACACAAAUCUAAUAUUGCCAGGUUCUAGUAACUUCAAACUACAACUGCCCACUUGGUUAAAACGUGCUCUCUAUGCUGAUUUUGUGGUGUGUGCUGUUCACAGAUAAACCAGUGCCAUUUGAGGAGAGACAGGGAUUGUUGCGGUCACCGGGGGGACAGGACGUCAGGUGCACCCCCUGGGGCUCCCAGCAACAGACAGACAGUCACAGGGAACAGUCUUUUCAGAUAUUAUGAAGUGCUCCGAUGACAGAGCAUUUGUGUCCCUGUCUUCUCUCAACCACCAAAAGCAAAAGACAAUUUCCCUCCCAUUCAAUGCAGUCAUCUGACUCAUUUUAUCAUAUGUGCUAGUGACAGGGAACACCAGAACUGCCAAAGGAUACCAAGUGAUCCUACGAGGAUUUGCAUGACCGGGUCUGUUUCUUUACCCAGUAGUCACUUGUGUGUCCCCCAAGGUCAAGACGCAAGCACCCUCGCUGUGGUGUAAACUUCCUGUUAUUUAAUCUCUCACAGUUUCAUUUUUCUCUUCUGUUAAUUUACCUAGACCUUUCUAAGAAGCUCCAUGAGAUGAGGAAAUACUGUUUAUAAUAACAUGCGGAAAGAGGUAAAAUGUUCAUUCCAAGUGGAAAAUCAUGCUGGACACAUUUUAAAUAAAAUCAUGCAUACCUGAUCCACUGCCUCAAGAAUUCAGUCAUUGUGGGCUGCUCUUCCACUAAGAAUCAUUUCAUGCGUUUCACAGAAUUUUAAUAUUUCAAGCACUGCACACAUAUCGUGUGCUUUGGGAACAGUGUUCUGCAGGCAGGAAAUGCAAAAAUCUAAUCAAUUAGGAUAGUCAGAGAAGUUGCCAGAAGCUGAGAAUGCCCAAAACAUGCAGAGAAGGGGGUCAAACUCACAUGUGGCCAACUGUGUUUUCCCACUAGGAAUUAAUACUCGCUUCUUGUCUGCUUAUGUUCAAUUCCUCAGGCAGUCUUUCCUCCUGGGAGCAGCACACUCGUGCUAGGGUUUGUACAGAUCUGAACCACCUCACCUCAAAGGACAGGCUCAGCUCCUCCCAGCAUGGCUACUGAGCCACCAAACUGCCCUUUCUUGUUCCUUUCAUUUCUACCACUUCUUAUUUGCCCCAAAUACACAAAUGCAGCUGAUAGCUAAAAAGACAGUGUACUGAGAAGGACUGGCCUGCUCAAGUUCCCUGCAAGCAACAAUAGUCAGGAAACCAGAUGACAGUGCACUUGCCUCGCUCAUUCAUCUGAUCCCCGAGGUAGAAUUCUCCAGUCCGGAGAGCAGCCCUCAGCUGACGGUCUCUGUACCCCAUGGCUGUGAUAGGAUUACUUCAACUGUGCAUUGACAACCUGGGGCAGAGCCUGUUCUGGAGGAAGCACUCAGCUGAGCUUGCAGAUUGCUAGACAGGUCUCUCUUCUAAAAUAAAACUGAAAGUGACUCUUUAAGAAAAUAAAUACAUCGAAAGCUGGGUCAUUUUGUUUAUUGUCUGAGUUGAAAACCUGUUCACAGUUGUUUUGGGGAGGUCUACACUUAGGAGGUACAGCCAGGAAACCUAGUGUCCCCCAGGUUGGCUCAAGACUGCUGACAGGCAAGCAGAGACAUUCAGCUUGAUUCUAGCUUUUCAGUACAUCUGGAAUUUGAUUUAUUUUGUGUGGCAUUUCUAUUAGGUUUGUUAGCAAUUUAUGGAAGAAAUUAAUUCUU